UAGCAGUUUGAGUAAUUACUUCUGUGAUUUCAGUAAUUCAGUUAGUUUCAGAGAUAUUUUAAUUUAUAGUUUUAACUAAUGUUGAAACUUAAAUUAUAGAGAGAGAGAAUUGAUAAGAAGUUCAGAGUAUAUUAUUUUUUGAAUCGAACCGUAAUUAAUGAACAAGUCUUUUUAUAUUUAUUAAAUAUUUUGAAUUUUACGAUUUUCAACUGACAUAAGAAUGAAAUUGAUGGGCUUCAUUUUUAAAACCAACAACCAACCUUCAAUGUUAUUGUUAUUAAUAUUAGUACUACUAAACUCUCUGGCAUUGCAUACAGUGAAUGGAAGGAUUUGUGGCACUGGACUCAACAGCCUGAUUUGCCCUAAACAUGAGUUUGCAGAAGCAAGAUAUUGUUGUGGAGAACUGGGUUCAGAAUACUGUUGUAAUGCAGAUGAAUAUUUUGAAUACACUACUUCUGACAGUAACACGGGCUUGAUUGUGGGAUUGUUAAUUUCUUCAGUUAUCGUAGUUGUUGUUGGUAUCCUCUUAUGUUGCUUCUGUUGUGGCUGCUGCCUCUUAGCAAAACGUCGACAACAGGGAAGAGUUUUAUAUGGCCCACAAUCUACCACAUUUGUAUCUAACACUACUUCAGCUGUUACGUAUGGCCCACAACCGGGAAGUCAACCACCAACAACUAGCAGCUUUUCUCCUUAUCCACCACCAUUUGGUGGUGAUCCCCAGUAUCUGGCACAACCUGUUGUCUAUCCUCAAUACCCAACACCUACUAGUGGCUAUCCACUUCCAACUAGUGGUGUUCCUCCAUACCAUCUUUCUUCCAGUGGUCCUCCACAAUAUCCAGCUUCAUCUGGUGGCUGUCCACAGCGUAAUCCACCAAGCAGUGGACAACAAGGAGAUUUCUGUUACAACCCAUCAGUACUUGGGAUGAACCCUCCUCCUUAUCCUGGAAUCAGUCAGCCCGCUUACAACCCUGCUUACAUGGCUAAUAACCAGAGUGAAAAAGUAUAGUUGUUGUUUUUUAUAAAAUAUUGAAUUUAGCAUAAUCUGGUAAUCGUUUCCUUGUGAUGAGAAAAACAUUGAUUUUGCUAGAACAGAAAUCAUAAGAAAAAAAGAAAUGCUGUUUUUUCUAUAUUUAUUUUUCUUACUUCAAUAAUGUACAUCCUUACAUUUGAGACUUAUAAGGAAUCUCGUUUAUGAAGUAUUUUCAUGAUUUGUUCUCUUUCAUAGUAAAUACCUUUGAUGCCACCAUUUGAGAGGGUGGCUAUUAGUACACCAUUAAUUAAUACUUGUUACACAAAAAAAAUUUUUAAUUUGUAUUUUAAAAAAUUCACUAAAACUAACAUUAUGUUCUCAACGUAGUGAUAUAAUUGUACUUAAUUUCUUGUAAACUUAUUUAUAACAUCUUUUGUGAGAUAACGUGCACCAAAGCUAAUGUAACUGAGUCUAAUUGGAAAUAAGACAUUGUUUUGCGGUAUUUAAAAAAACAGCUGCUUCACUAAAUGUUAAUGGAACUUAAAGUAGCAUGAAACACAUUCACUGAUAAGAUAGAAUUAAAUUUAAAUGUGAUUAAGACCAUCAGUCAUAAACUUGCUAAUGAGAUAUUUUAUUUUAAUGUAAAUAUGUCUCUGUUUUUAAGUACUCUUUUUUUUUCAAUUAUAUGACAUUAGGCCUAAAAAUGUGUGUUCUGGUUUCCUGACCAAAAAUAAGUAGGUAUGAAAGUAGGAAUUUUGCCUUGGCCAGAUGUUUUUUAAUUAAAGUAUUGAAUGUUUUUAGCCUCAUAAUAGAACAAAAAUAACAAAGAUUUUCGGGUCAACAGUAAAAAGUAGAAAUGUUUGUGAGACCAAUUCUAAACAUUUUUGAAAGAAAAUUAUAGAUAGUUUACAUAUUCUUAUAUAGACUUAGUUCAUCCUUUGUUUUUUAUGGUAAUGUAAGUGUAAGCAAUCCAAUCAGAUUGUUAAUAUUAAAGAUAUAUUAAAACAUUACAGUUUGAUCGAUAAUUUUCAAAAUAUUCAAAAAAAAAGGAAGAAGCAUUUGUUUUUGGACCAUUUCUGGAUGACUUGUGAAAAAGCCUGGGUGUUAAGAAAGUAGUCUAAUGUCUCUUAGCAACAAAUUACAACGUUCUAUGUUCUUUAAUGUGUAUAUAAAAGGGGUGCAGUGGCUUAGUUCUGUUAUUUGAAAUUUGCUUUAUUUUGAUGGAAGUGAGAACUCAUACAAUGCCUGAAUGUGCUUUUAUAUUUCGAUUCUUAAAUAGAAUGUGAAUUUAACGUUUAUUGUUAAACUCCCUUAUCAUAAAAUAUUCAAUUUUUCUAUGGCCUUUUUGUUUGUGUAAAAUUACACAUUGGCAGCUUUGAAAUUGUUGACAGCAAUUUAAAUUGUUAUUGAACACAACAAUAAAGCUUGUAAAGAUUCGUUGAUUUUAUAUAACAAUAUUGUAUCAAUUAUGUGCUCAUUCAUUGUUGGAAAAAUAUUAAAAGUGAGUACUUUAUUUUUAUUUAAAAGACGAAUUUUAAAUGAGUUUGGAUGUAUUAAAACUGCAUUUAAAUACUUAACAAAAAAGAACAGAGUUCAACCAGCAAGAAGGCUCUUGUAUUUAGUUUUGUUUCCUUUAGGUAAAAUAUUUUUGAACUCGUGCUUCUGUUUUUUACAAUAUGUAUAUGAUUUUGAGUAAAUAGUAGUGUAAUAUUAUAUGUAAUUUGUUAGACCUAAAAGUAGCCUAACUUUACUUCUUAUGCCAACAUUUUCAUAAAAAAAACAGAUAGAUAAUCUGUAAGUGCUUAAGUUUUGUGGAAAAACAAACAAACAAUGGCUGUAAUAAAAUGUUAGUUUGACUUUUUAUAAAUGUAUCGUUUUGAAUGUUCAUCUGAAUGAGUAGACUCAUCAUAGUUUUCGGCUGAAUUUAUUUAUAUUCUUUCUUACACCUUGUUAAGGUUUCAGUAGUUGCCGAAAGGGGCAAUGCAGUUUUGUCGAAAGUACAAAAUGUGCUCAGUGGCACAAGUCAAAUUAUUUUUUUUAUUUGACUGAUGCAUAUAUGAAAAUAACUUUAAUGAAAUAAAGGCGUUUGGUUCCUCAACUAAAAGUCAAAAUUGUUAUUCUAAAUUCAUCAAAUUGAGCAAUACUAAUGACAUAUAACUAUAUCGGAAUUUGCAGAAUAUUUACAGUUGAUAUAUUGGAGUUUUUUUAGGUAUGAACUGCGGUUAUCUCUAUUCUGAAGUUAUUUACACUCAUUAGUCACUAAGCUGGGUAACAUAAUUACCCCACUGCCUUUAUUAACGGCAAAUGAAAAUUUUAAUAACACUUUUAAAUUAUGUAUCGAAUAUUCCAUAAGAUGUCAAUGGUAUGAUGUAAUAUUUCGCGAAAGUUCGGGCAAAAUAAACAAACAUGGAGGUAACUAUGACCUUCUCUUGAUAACGGAA